CGGAAGAUCUGGGCAGCGAAUGUUUUGAGUGAGUGUAGGACUACAUCGAUCACGCAACAGGGCGAAGACAUAUCAGUCAGUCGCCCGGCUCUCGUGGUAUUCAAAUCAAUUAGCGAGUGCCCAACCAUCAACACCCUAUCUUUGCGAUCACCAAGACGACCAGCGAGCUCAACACAUCAUGAAUUAGCAUCGAAACAGCCCAUGGAAUGAGCGGUCGGCAUCAUAAUUACACACCAUCAUGGAAGCUACACCGCGCAUGAGGAGCGCGUUCCCAAUGACACCGGCGAGGAGUCCGGAUUCGCGAGCGCGUCGAUUCGAGCAGCAGUCAAGCUCGUCCUCAUCGAAACAACCACUACCACAAAUUCCCACCUUGAGCGCCGCACCAAGCACCGCCUCGACCGAUCCUUUGAUACCAGAAAAUUACAUUGACGCCCCAUCACAACGACUAUAUGCUGUUGCCCUUUGGACGGCGAUAUGGGCAUGGCAUAUUUACGACUUUUCGCGACUGCAAGAGGAGGAUGAGCAAAGCCUGUGGCUUUGUUUGAAGUUCCUCUUUGUGGAUGGACUAUUCCUGUAUGGAUUGCCGUCGCUCAGGAUACCAUGGUUAUCAUGGAGCACGGGUACCAUGACUCUGAUAUUUCUGGGUCAUGCUCUGAUCGAUUUCAUGUUCGCAUUCAGAGUGUCAAUACCGAUCGGAGCUGGUCUCACGGUCCUGGCUAGAAGUGUUUGGGGCGCAUAUGAGAUUGCUUUGAAUGAGCGGAACGUAAACAGAGAAUCGAUUGUCUUCAACGACACUUUGAUCUUGGGACGACAAGUGGUCAACAUCCUCCCGGAGGGCUCGGCCAUUCUAAAUCCGAAGCGGGACUCUUUCUGCCUUGACGCAACCCGUACGGAGAUCAGGCUACCGAUUGUGAUCAACGCGACCAAUCCCAUUGGAAUGGAGAUCUUGCGCAUCGAUUUGGAGACGCAAGCAAACGAAACUUUGUCGAUCAGCAAAUCACAGAUUAAGCAGAUGCACAAGGAUGCAUCGAGGCUACUGUCGUACAGCGAGGAUAUCAACGAACCGAAAACCUUGUUUUUCCCAGUCAAGAAACCUGGUUUGUAUGUCCUCGCGAAGGUUGUCGACGAAUCCAACCUCGAAGUUUCUCGGAAAAAGCUUGCACAUACCGUGGUGGUCCCAUGUCCUAAGGCUGCUAUUCUACCCUCACCAUCAGACAUGUGUUCUGGCGAGCUUUCCAACGUCGAACUUUUGGUCACUGGAACACCGCCCAUGAAGGUCAAAUAUCGCAAAAUGGUCAAUCAAGCGACUCAGGAUGCAACGUUUGAGAGCAUUCAGCCUGAAGACCUGGUUUCACCUCUAAUCAAACAGGAUCAUGGUGCUUUGGCCAUUCCCAAUCGUGUGGACGUGUCAUGGGCCAAGACUCGAGAUGUCCGUGUGCCUUUGAGUGAGAGCCUUACGACUCCUGGCAAAUGGGUGUAUGCGAUUGAUGAGGUCACCGACGGCUUCGGUAACAGCAUACGAUAUUCUGAUCGCGAUCAAGAUUCGCAGUCUAAGCACCCGACCAAAGCAGCCCAUUUGCAUCAAGUCAUUACAGUACACAAUAGGCCAAGCGUCCACAUGCAAGGAUGCAGUGCCCAACAUCCACUCAAGGUCGCUAAGGGACGUGUCGCUGACUUGCCUCUCCAAUACCGAAUCAGCCACGAUGGCGAAUUAUCAAGCGCAGCUCACCACAUCGAGUACCUCUUCAGUCCUCAGGAUUCCAUGCCUGGAACGGGAGAGCAUGCUGCGGCUCCUAGCCAGAAGAAGGUCUCGCUGAAAGAUCCGAAGCAGGCGUUGCAGAUCAAAGAGCCCGGCCUGUACACGAUCACGGGAAUUUCCACAGAUUUCUGUGCGGGUGAGGUUCUCGAACCUGCGUCUUGCUCACUGCUCAAUCCGCCAGAGCCAGACUUCGCAAUGUCGAAUGAACCGAUGUUUGAUAAAUGUGCUGGCAACCCAAUUGGUCUACGUGUGGACCUCGAUUUGGUUGGCACUCCUCCAUUUGAGAUCAAGGUUCGAACACACAAGCGUGGCGUGAAUCACCAUAGAAUGGAGACUUACAAAGCGUCCGGUCUCCGCUAUCAAAUGUCGUUCGAGCCAAAUGUCGACGGACAUUGGACGUACGAAUUCGUCGAAAUCAGCGAUGCUGUCUAUAAAAAGGUUCCGAUCAAGGGUAAAGUGCUCAGUCAGGAUGUGAAGCCUGCAGCAUCUGCCAAGUUUGCUUCCAGAGAUCUACUGGAGACCUGUAUCGACGAGAAAGCUCACUUCGACUUGACACUGUUCGGAGAAGCGCCUUUCACCGUGGAAUGGGAACUUGUCCAUGGUGGAAGGAGAUUAAGGAAUACCCAGAAUAACAUCACGUCUCGGCUCACGAGCUUAGAGACAGUGCCUCUGACGAGCGGAGGGGACUACACACUUGCACUCGUCAGUGUGACUGACGGCAUGGGCUGCAAGGAGUUCUUGGAUGACGAAGCCAAGAUCUCAGUGCGACAACAAAAGCCCAAGGUUGGAUUCGGACUCAUCAACGGCCAUCGUACUGCGCAAACGUUGGAAGGCCAGGCAGUGGAGCUUCCGCUACGCAUCUCUGCCGGCGAACGUCCUUGGACGGUCAAAUACACAGACACCAACGGUAUCGAGAAGACGAUUCGUGCAAGCGAUCCCAACGACAAUGUUCUAGUCGAGGCAGAGGGCACUUAUGAGCUCACGGGACUAUCCGACUCCCUCUGUCCCGGAGUUGUGGAUGAAGCUGCGCGGAAAUUCGAAGUUUCCUGGGUAGCACGACCCGAGUGGCGUAUCGCACCCCAAGACAUCAAGGAAAAACAAGGCAGUACCAUAAUCAAAAAUGAUGUCUGCGAGGGCGAUGAAGACGCGAUCGAGCUUCUCUUCAAGGGUGCUCCACCUUACCAAAUGUCUUAUGUUCAAACGGUCAAACUUGACCACGGAGUCGCAGCUCCAAAGACUCAGGACAUUCGAGCUGCUAUCAAUGUGGCCCCCAUGCGCAUGGAUACCUCGCAAGCUGGCACUUAUGACUACAAAUUCAUCAAGCUUGGCGAUGUCAAUUAUGACCAUAGCUCCAAACAUUUCACACCGGCCUCAGUCAGACAGAGAGUCCACGCCCGUCCGACAGCCGCAUUCGCUGAUCCUGGCAGGACGUAUGGUUUCUGCUCGGUCGAGUCUGAAGGAGAAGAGGUCAUCCCUGUGACACUGCAUGGACAACCACCAUUUGAGCUGGAAGUCGAGAUCAAGCAUUUUGGAUCUGUCCGACCAGAGCUGGUCACGUACCACGACAUCAUUACCAAUACCCACAAUAUUCGCAUCCCUCACAGUCGACUCCAUCUCGGAAAAUCUGCCGUCUCUCUCCGCCGUGUCAGCGACUCUCGCGGUUGCAGCCGCAGUCUCGAUAGCUCUGCGCCGCGCGUGCAGAUCUCUGUUCACGACGCCCCCGCCAUCACACCGCUCGAGACUUCAGAAGACUUUUGCGUGGGCGACCGCAUCAAUUUCGGCCUCUCUGGUGUCGCACCUUUCAACGUCUUCUACACCUUCGAUGGCGCUGCCCGCAAAGCCGCCGUCUCGUCAGGCAACACCUUCCGCCGAUUGGCCGAGAAGCCUGGUGUCUUCGUCGUCACAGGCCUACAAGACAGCGCAUCCAACUGCCGCGCGGCCACACAGCUCACCAAGCGUAUCCAUGGCAUGCCUUCAGUGCGCGUAUCCAAGGGCAAAGACGCGUACAUUGACAUCCAUGAGGGUAGCGAGGCCGAGAUCCUCUUCGAAUUCGGCGGCGUGCCGCCCUUUGAGUUUACAUAUAUUCGUACCUCGAACACGGAGAAGGGCGGCAAGAAGGGCGUGGUCUUAGAUAUGAAGACCGCGGUGUCGGAAGACUACUCGAUGAAGAUCGCGGCCAGCGAGGGCGGAACGUACGAAGUCGUGGCCAUCAAGGACGCCCAUUGUGCUUAUACCAAGCCGGGCGUCCGCGUGCCGGAUAAGAAGGAGAGGAACAAACGGCUCACUUAUUGAGCCCGCGAGAUGUAUGUAUAGACAAAGGGGGAAAAGAGAUGGGAGGCACAUAGACUUGUGUGUCUGUAUGUGCAUGCUGGUGAUUUGCAUGGCGAAGGCGUUUUAAUUGGAGCAGGAUACCUCAGUCUGAAGAGCGAAGUUUUUGUAUGUGUGAUGUGCUCGUCUGAAACUCAAGAUUCGUUGUACGGAAUAGCGACUGUGUUGUGCACACUACAGCUUUGUUCUAUCGUAAGAUUUACAUCGUCUUCGUCGAAGGCCAUCGUGGGCCGACAAGGA